AUGGAUUAUACAGGCCACAGACUGAAGAAACAUAACUUUGAAGCUGAGAAACGACUCAAGAAAUUGGAAAGAGAUUAUCUCCACACAAGCCAAAAGUACACAGAAACAGAUUCACAGUUUAAGAGCUUACACGAUGAGAGAAGGCAUGCCAGCAAUCUCUUUUACUCGGUUAAAGAGUUCAUUGACUGGUGCAAUUAUCUAGUUAAGAAACUGCAAGAGGCUCUUGACAAGAUACCUUCAACAGAAGAAACCACUGGUCAUCUCUACAUGAUUCAAAGAAAAAUGACAAGGAGUGACAGCAGAAGAUCCGUACAGAGUCUCCUAAACGAGGUUAAAGAGAAAAACAAGUGUAAAGACAAAGCUGUUUUUUUAACUUGUACACUAGUUUGUAACCCUACAAAUUGUGACAGUUUGAGAAAAUAUGUGGAGCUGGAAAUAAAAGUUCUAAAGAAGCUGAUCGGAGAGCUUCAAAAAGACCGGGAAGACAAACUGCAGAUUAUGCAAUAUGCAAGGAAUCUGUAUAGCGAUUCCAAACGAAAAGUAAAGCAUGUGAGCAAGAAAAAGGAUGGUCUCAACUCUCAAGUCACAGAUUGUAACUUGGUUUGA